AUGAGUAGCGAAGAUCAAAUUCCUGAUAAUUGGAAUCAACGAAUUCAGAUUGAACCAAAGGUUUUAUUAAAUGAGAUUAGGUCAUUAAUAACAUCUCCAGAUUUUAGUAAAAAAACUGAACAAUAUAAGUUAAAUAUUUUAUUUUUCCAUUGUAAAUUAUUACUAUUCCAUAUAUCUGAAGAUUCGUAUGAAGUAAUGAAAAAACCAAAUGAAACUAAUUGUUAUUGUCCAAGAAAUAAAACAGAAGAAAUUCUUCUAACAUUAAAUCUUAUUGAAGUGAUCAUAGGAAAGGACGUAUCUAAAUUAUCUAAAACUCCUUAUUUUGUCUUCUCUAUUAUCACAUAUCAACAUGCUCAUUUUGAAACUUUGUUAAUAAGAAUGUAUGAACGAAUGAUCAGUGCUAUGUCAGGAGAGCAGACAU